GGCGGCAGCGGCGGACGCGGCCUGAGGGAGCGGCGGGCGGGGCGGCGCCUGGCCCGGCUCGCCCGCGCCGGCGGGGGCGUCCAUGGCGCGCGGGCCCCCGUGGGGCGCGGCCGCGGCCUGAGGGGCCAUGUCCGGGGUGGUGCGGACCCUCAGCCGCUGCCUGCUGCCGGCCGAGGCCGGGGCCCGCGAGCGCAGGGCGGGCGCGGCGCGCGACGCGGAGCGCGAGGCCCGACGGCGCAGCCGCGACAUCGACGCGCUGCUGGCCCGGGAGCGCCGCGCCGUGCGCCGCCUGGUCAAGAUCCUGCUGCUGGGCGCCGGCGAGAGCGGCAAGUCCACCUUCCUGAAGCAGAUGCGGAUCAUCCACGGCCGCGAGUUCGACCAGAAGGCGCUGCUGGAGUUCCGCGACACCAUCUUCGACAACAUCCUCAAGGGCUCCAGGGUACUCGUGGAUGCUCGGGACAAGCUUGGCAUCCCUUGGCAGUACUCUGAAAAUGAAAAGCACGGGAUGUUCCUAAUGGCCUUUGAGAACAAGGCGGGGCUGCCCGUGGAGCCGGCCACCUUCCAGCUCUACGUGCCAGCCCUGAGCGCACUGUGGAGGGACUCGGGGAUCAGGGAGGCCUUCAGCCGCCGCAGCGAGUUCCAGCUGGGCGAGUCUGUGAAAUAUUUUCUGGACAACUUGGACCGGAUUGGCCAACUGAACUACUUCCCCAGUAAGCAGGACAUCCUGCUGGCCCGGAAGGCCACCAAGGGCAUCGUGGAGCACGACUUCGUCAUUAAGAAGAUCCCCUUCAAGAUGGUGGACGUGGGUGGGCAGCGGUCCCAGCGCCAGAAGUGGUUCCAGUGCUUUGACGGCAUCACGUCCAUCCUGUUCAUGGUGUCAUCCAGCGAGUUCGACCAGGUGCUCAUGGAGGACCGGCGCACCAACCGCCUGGUGGAGUCCAUGAACAUCUUUGAGACCAUUGUGAACAACAAGCUGUUCUUCAACGUCUCCAUCAUCCUGUUCCUCAACAAGAUGGACCUGCUGGUGGAGAAGGUGCAGAGCGUAAGCAUCCAGAAGCACUUCCCCGACUUCAAGGGCGACCCACACCGGCUGGAGGACGUGCAGCGCUUCCUGGUCCAGUGCUUCGACCGGAAGCGGCGCAACCGCAGCAAGCCGCUCUUCCACCACUUCACCACCGCCAUCGACACGGAGAACAUCCGCUUCGUCUUCCACGCUGUGAAGGACACCAUCCUGCAGGAGAACCUGAAGGACAUCAUGCUGCAGUGAGGCGGGCGGGGAGAGCCCGUGCCGCCCGCCCGUGCCAGCCUCACCCUCUGCGCCCCUGCCAUGGGUGGCCGGGGCCACGCCAGCAAGCCGUGGGCAAGAGGACCCGGGAACUGUCAUGUUAGCUACUGAAUCUGGGGCCCGGCAAAACUACUGAAAUUCCAGCAGUGUAGCGCUUAGUAACAGCUAGCUUGCUUCUCACAGGCACCUGCUCCCUUCCUGACACCAUGUCAUCAGGGCAGGGGUGCGCACACGCUCUAGUGACAGAAACACACACACACACACACACACACACACCCUGGCCUUGCACACCAGCCCUGAAGCUCUGCUUCAAUACCCUGCAGAAGAGCCCAGCCCCAGCCGCCCCUCCAAAGGGAGUGCGCUGUGCUGCCUUCGACUUUGCACCAGUGCCAAAGGGGCCCUGCCAGUCUCCACUCCCUGCUACGGAUGACAAGGUGGGGGCCCUGCGCCUGCCUCGUCCCCAGCAACAGCUCAGCAGCAUGCCCAAGUGACACACCAGGGACAGGAUGGCUGCUGGCCACAGCUGUCAGUCUGCCCCCGUGCCUGCCGCCAUGGUGCUUUUUCCUCUUUGACCCUUCUCCCCCAGUGGCAAAGCUGAAAACCAAGUGGCCUUACAGAUGCCCCUCCUUUUGGAAAAGGGGGGGGCAGGGGUAGCUGGCACAGGCACCCCCAAUCUCUCCUCAUGCCACAGCUGCCCCAGGGAGUCCCUGGCAGCUGGCCUUUCAGGUGGCCAAAAAGCCCAGAGAAAUCCCAGUAUCUGCACACUGUCCCCCACCGAUGCCUUACACAGCUGCUCCCCAGAUUCCUAAGCCAAACUGCUGUCCAAGACCCUGCCCCACUGCACACCCAGGGCAAGGGGGGGUACCGUCAGACUCCUGGUCAGGGUGAGGCUGUGCCUGGCUGAGCACAGCUUGCGUGUGUGCCUGCUGGCCCGGAGGGCGUGCAGGUGCCACAGUGCAUUCCACAGCAGCCCAGUGCGGGGGCCCGGCCCUCCUCCCAGUGGCUCCGCAACAGAGAAACUGCCACAGCGUGCUGUGUGGCUUCCUCACAUGAGCCCAGGCCCCCGGGCUGUGCCAGCCACACCACACCUGAGCCACCUGACCCCAGCGAGCAGGCGAACGUGAGUCUGGCAGUUGCUAAGCAUAGUAGGUGCUCUGAGAGGGCCUGGCUGCCACGGCGCGUACCAGGAGACAGUGGAGCAUCUCGAUCGAGGCCCGUGUGGAUGUGUGCAGAUCUCACUCCUCUCUGGCUGUUACAAGUGCAAGGCAUGUGGCCAGGCCCAGGCUUAGAGGAGGUGAGUAGCCCAGGGUUCUCUGAGGGCAUGGACAGGGCCUGGCCCGCAGCACAGGGUGGAGAACCUGACCCCAGUCAUUCCUCUACUCCGAAGGGGCGCCCGCCUGGCUCUAUUGGAGGCUGUUGCCACAACUGGGGUGCCUGGGAGGAUUUGUGGGCCCGGCCAUGCCAGGGAGUGAGAGCUCUGGCCCUCUGGCAAUCAUUCUCAACCCCAGGCACUCCUGAGUGAAGAGCUGCACAGCUUCCGCCUAGCUGACAGCAGGUGGAUGGCGAAGUCUACCCUUAGCUCAGCCUCUGGCUGCAGCCCCAGCAGCGGGGCCUGCGAGGCCACUUUCCCGUGUCCUAAGGUGCACCCCCACCUUGAACACGGGAAGCGUUGUCAUUGCAGAAGGGAACUGUCACUGCCUAGGCCAACAUCAUUUACAGCUCGCCCCACAUAGAUUGUAGCCCUUCAUCCCCAGCCUUAGGCUUUUGUACUUUUAUUUUAUUUCACUGUUACUCUGUUGUUGUUUUUUAAUUGUGAUGUUGGAGAAGCGGGGUGGGGGGUGCCUCUCUUAUUGCAAAAAGUGUAACAAUAAACAUCCUCGAAAUAA